ACACUAAUAACAUAAACAUAACCUAAAAAUUGUUUCGUCGAAAUGUUUUGAUUUUACAUAAUCGUAAUUAAAUUAAUUUUCUUAGUUAAAAUCUCGUUCUCCAAAGCGAUAAUAGUUAGUUUACAUUACGGACAAUUAGUUGUAAUAAUUUAGUUGCAUUAUUCCAAGAAAAAUAAUAAUUAAAAACUUCAAUUCAAAAUUAUAAUUAUUUUCAAACACAUUAAAAAACUAAAGUGCAAGUUUGCAGACUACAAAAUGAGCAAAAGAAAUCUGGAUGCCGGCCCUAACACUGAACCGAAAUCAAAACAAGUUAAGCAUUGGUCACUUGGCUUACUUGAAUCUAUGAAGGAUCCCAAGUCCAUAAUCAAAGAAACUAAAUCCGUUGUAGUAAUACGAGACAAAUAUCCCAAAGCUAAAAUCCACUAUUUAAUGCUGCCAACAGAAAAUAUAAACAGUAUUUAUAAAAUGAAUUUGGAGCAUGUAAAGCUACUUGAAGAAUUUAAUCGAUUGUUUGAAGAAAUAAAGAGUGAACUUAGCGAUAUUAAACUUAAAGCUGGUUUCCAUGCAGUGCCUAGCAUGCAAAGACUGCACAUGCAUGUAAUAAGCAUAGACAUGAUCUCUCCAUGCUUAAAAACCAAAAUUCAUUGGAAUAGUUUCACUACUAAUUUUUUUAUUCCAUUUGAAGAUAUUUUAAAUGAACUGAAAGAAACUGGGUCCAUAAAGAAAAUGUCGCCCGAGCUUCACAAGAAUUUAAUGGCAACUCCUCUUCAAUGUAAUCAAUGUACUUUUAAUCCUAAAAACCUGCCACAACUUAAGGAGCACUUAUUAACGCAUAAUAAAUCAUAAGAUUUAAUCAACAA